CAAAAUUACCCUCAAUCAUUACACCGUUUGUAUCACAAUGGAAGGGUAAAAUGGUCACUAAAGUUAUUGAAUAUUCAUUGUAGUCUUCGUCCACGAACUUCCUCUCUCUCGCUCGCUCUCGCCCUCGCCCUCAAUCUAACCCAAACCAGACCAAGCAAAGAAGAAAGAGGCAAACUCUCUGCCACUCUUUCUCUCUCUCUCUCUCGCCCAGUGGAUUCGCAUAGAGAUGAAAGAGAGUAGAGACGGAAUCAGAAGCAGUAGACAUUCAAAAUCUUCAUCUGUUAGCUCACUUCCACUCAUCUUGGACAUAGACGACUUUAAGGGGGAGUUUUCAUUUGAUGCAUUGUUUGGGAACCUGGUAAAUGAUCUUCUCCCAUCUUUUAAAGAAGAAGAAACAGAUAUAUCUGAAGGUCAUAGCAACAUCAGUGGGAACGAUGGUUUGUCAAAUGGACAUAUGCGAGCACCAUCGGAUGCAGCAAAGUUUGCGCAAGGACUGUCAGACCCUCUAUUUCCAGAAGUAGAUAAGAUCUUAUCUCUGUUCAAGGAUUCUUGCAAAGAGUUGGUUGAUCUCCAGAAACAGAUUGAUGGAAGACUCAACAAUCUUAAGAAGGACGUUUCUGUACAAGACUCUAAGCACCGCAAGACACUUGCUGAGCUUGAAAAAGGAGUAGACGGCUUGUUUGGUAGCUUUGCCAGGUUGGAUUCUCGUAUAUCAAGUGUUGGACAGACUGCUGCAAAAAUAGGAGAUCAUCUGCAGAGUGCAGAUGCUCAGCGGGAUACUGCUAGUCAAACGAUAGAGCUCAUAAAGUACUUGAUGGAAUUUAAUAGCAGCCCAGGCGAUCUAAUGGAACUUUCACCCCUAUUUUCCGAUGAUAGUCGUGUUGCAGAGGCUGCUAAAAUUGCACAGAAACUGCGGGCAUUUGCUGAGGAAGAUAUUGGAAGACAAGGUAUAGCUGUACCAUCAGUUAUGGGCAAUGCAACAGCUAGCAGAGGAUUAGAAGUUGCAGUUGCUAAUCUUCAGGACUACUGCAAUGAAUUGGAGAACAGAUUGCUAGCUCGUUUUGAUGCUGCAUCACAGAGAAGAGAAUUGUCAACCAUGGCAGAAUGUGCUAAAAUUUUAUCUCAGUUUAACAGGGGCACUAGUGCCAUGCAACAUUAUGUGGCAACACGUCCAAUGUUUAUUGACGUGGAAGUCAUGAAUGCAGAUACCAGAUUGGUUCUUGGUGAUGAGGGUUCACAGGCUAGUCCUAGCAAUGUUGCUCGUGGACUUUCUUCUUUAUAUAAAGAAAUCACAGACACUGUGCGCAAGGAAGCUGCAACAAUUAUGGCUGUAUUCCCUUCUCCUAAUGAAGUUAUGUCAAUCUUAGUUCAGCGAGUUUUAGAGCAGAGAGUUACUGCUCUACUUGACAAAUUAUUAGUUAAGCCAUCUCUGGUGAAUAUACCUCCUAUAGAAGAAGGCGGACUUCUACUAUAUCUUAGAAUGCUAGCAGUGGCGUAUGAGAAGACACAAGAACUUGCUAGAGACCUACGAGCUGUGGGAUGUGGUGACUUGGACGUCGAGGGCCUCACAGAGUCUCUAUUUUCUUCUCACAAGGAUGGAUAUCCUGAACAUGAGCAGGGCUCUCUUAGACAACUAUAUCAAGCUAAGAUGGCAGAACUACGUGCUGAAAGCCAGCAAAUAUCUGAAUCAAGUGGAACAAUUGGGCGUUCAAAAGGGGCUGCAGUAGCAUCUUCCCACCAGCAAAUAUCUGUCACUGUUGUGACAGAGUUUGUCCGUUGGAAUGAAGAAGCAAUUACCAGAUGCACAUUGUUUUCAUCUCAACCUGCAACCCUUGCAGCAAAUGUGAAAGCAGUCUUCACUUCCCUGCUAGACCAAGUCAGUCAAUAUAUAACAGAAGGUCUUGAACGAGCAAGAGACAGCCUGACUGAAGCUGCAGCUUUGAGAGAAAGAUUUGUGCUGGGCACUAGUGUUAGUAGAAGGGCAGAAGCUGCUGCUGCCGCUGGUGAAAGCAGUUUCAGAUCUUUCAUGGUUGCUGUACAACGCUGCGGUAGUAGUGUGGCUAUAGUUCAGCAAUAUUUUUCAAAUUCUAUAUCUCGGCUUCUACUCCCUGUCGAUGGUGCACAUGCUGCUUCAUGUGAAGAAAUGGCAACGGCUAUGUCCAGUGCAGAGAGUGCUGCAUAUAAGGGGCUUCAACAGUGUAUUGAAACUGUGAUGGCGGAGGUGGAGCGGUUACUUUCUGCUGAACAGAAGGCAACAGAUUAUAGAUCACCUGAAGAUGGAUUUGCUCCUGAUCACCGGCCAACAACUGCCUGUACAAGAGUUGUAGCGUAUCUUUCUCGUGUAUUAGAAUCAGCAUUCACAGCACUUGAAGGUCUUAACAAACAAGCCUUUCUGACUGAAUUAGGAAACCGCUUGCACAAAGGGCUGCUAAAUCAUUGGCAGAAGUUCACUUUUAAUCCCAGUGGAGGACUGCGGCUGAAGCGUGACAUAACUGAAUAUGGAGAAUUUGUGCGUAGUUUCAAUGCUCCUUCCGUUGAUGAAAAAUUUGAAUUGCUGGGCAUAAUGGCCAAUGUGUUUAUUGUUGCUCCUGAAAGCCUCUCAACUCUGUUUGAGGGUACCCCCAGCAUACGGAAAGAUGCACAGAGGUUUAUUGAGCUUAGAGAGGACUACAAGAGCGCAAAGAUUGCUGCCAGACUUAGUUCCUUGUGGACAAGUUCCAGUUGAUACCGAAUCAGUGUGCUGAUUAGAUAUGACCUCCCAAAUUUUAAUUCUCAUCCGGCUGUUGCUGAGCUUAGAAAAAUGGCACAUCAAGUUGAAUUCAUCUGGAGGCACGGACGCCAAGCAAAGGAACCAAUUCAAAUUAAAUUAACUGUCUGGUUAAGGAGCUCAUCUUUGGACAGAUAAUUGAAUACAUAAAUUGUUCUUCUUUCCAAUUCUGUUGAGUGUAUAUUUUUGAAGGUAUAAAUAGGAGGACCUGAAAGAUUUGUAUUAUUUUAGGGCUUGAAUUUAUUUGCUAGGGUUGCAACUUCCAUUUGACAAUAUGAGGAUAUGAAUCAUAUGAUGUACCCGUGUUUUGCCUUUUGUAAAUGAUACUUUCAGGAAAUAAUUUAAGACAACCAAAGAUUGAAUUUGUGAA